UGCGGAAGCGACAGGCUGGCUCAGCAGCCAUUGAUGCUCUUAAUUUCAAGAGGAAAAAAUCGACAAUAAUUCUUUCAUAUCUACGCUUUUCUGCGGACUGAAGUCAUGGUUUCUCACUCUCUCGCCCUUCCCAUGAUCUGCUUCACCACGCUGUGGGGGCUGGUGGGGGUCGUGGCUCCGUUUUUAGUGCCUAAAGGACCCAACCGGGGGGUGAUCGUCACCAGCCUCAUCCUCACUGCGGUCUGCUGCUACUUGUUCUGGUUGAUAGCCAUUCUGGCCCAAACCAACCCUUUGUUUGGCCCUCAGCUGAAGAAUGAAACUAUAUGGUAUCUGCGCUACUUCUGGGAGUAAACAAGGACUUGGCUGGACAUUAUUUCAACAUUACUCCUGACGAAAAGCGUUCUCACCGAACACAAUCUGCUGAAGAGAAGAGAUAACAAGUGAAUUGUCACAGUCAGUUUUCUUUGCAACAUUUGGCAAUAUUUAAAAUGAUGUACAGUACCUGAAUAUUGAGAUGUAGAGUUUAUUAAGAGACAUGUGUUGUUGAAGGAGGAUACAUUUACACCAAUCCAAUGCAAGUAGUUUGAAGAUGUGAUUUAGUUAAUGACCGGAUUUGUGAAGGAUUCAAAGAUGAGGAAAGCUUUUGUUGUUUCAUUAUGUGGGUUACUGAUAGGAAUGAUUUCCAGUGAAACCUUCACACCAUCUGUUGGGAGUAGAAUAUUGAUCUUCAUUUUCUGAAAUGUGCAAUCCUUUUGUUAUUUAGUUGAUUAUGUGUUUGUUUACAUUUUUGUUUUUUUUGUUGCUGCCAUCAGGGAAGAUGAAUUUUUAAGUAUUUGUAUUUAUUUGGCCCAUGGGCACUGAUGUAAGUGCGUUGUAAUAACCUCAGUGUCCACAUGGUCUUGUUAUAUAACUGUUGUUAGUUGUGAUGUAAUGGUGUGUGUGUUGAGUGUGAGUGUGUGUGUGUGUGUGUGUGUGUGUGUGUGUGUGUGUGUGAGUGUGUGUGAAGAGUUCAUUACAGUGAGUGUUUGGAUCGUGGCCAUGAGAAUCUCCCAGAACUGUAAAAAAGUGAAGAGUGAUUCCUUCCACUUUAGCCCACUUCAGCAUGAAAAUCCCCUCCCACAUUCCCCUUAUGCUCUACACCGCGGAGGUCCUCGUUACCAUGGUGAUCUCAUCAUUCAAUUCAAUCCUGUUCUGCUCGACCCCUUUUGAUGAAAUCCUACCCAUUCUCGCCUGCCUGUGUACAGAUGUACUGUAGCUUGUACUGAAGGAGCAUGUUUACUCGACUGAAGCUGCUGAAUGCUAGUGGACCUCACAGAUUUGCUGAUAUCUAUAAUCUCUACUUUAUAAUCAGACUUUAAAACAGCCGUCACACAUAUCCACUCCAUCUAAACUACAGCCAAUAAUUUCUUCAAGAGCGAGGGGGCCCUUUAAGACAGAAGGAUCUUUUCAAUAGCAGAGUAAAUUGCUGCUUUUGAUUGGGUUCAUACUUUCUUAGAAUUAAAAGGUUCUCAAUUCAACCAUUUACAGUUCUGUUACAAUUUAAGACUGUUUCGGUUCCUGAUAGAACCUUUUUGUGAAGGUUACUUGGGGUACUUUCAAAGAGUUCUAUUCAUGAAAUGGUUUCCUAGAUCAAUCUGUAAGAGGUUCAAGACACGGCUUCUUGUGAAAAACUUGACAAAGAACUGAUCAACAGAAAAAGGAUUUCCCUCAAGAAUCCUCUCCAAAUAUCUAUCCAGAACCUCUCAACCUCGCAGGGUUUUUAAACAAGAGUUCCACCCAGAACCCUUGCAAGAGUUCCUAUACAGAGAUACUUCUAUGGUGAAUUGGUAGUACCUAGAACUUGAGGGGAUGUCAUCAGAAACAACUGUUCUUCUAGGUUUGCAAGGAAGAUUUCACGCUAGAAGCCCUCCUGUGAUGUAAUGGUUCCACCAAUGAUCCUCUUUGAGGGGUUCUUUAGAGAGUCCUCUACUGGUGUAGUGUUUCAACCUAUAGACCGUAUCUCGAUGUUCUAUAAGGAGUUCAGCCCAAACUCCCCUAGGAGGGCUUCUAGGAGAACUGUGUUUGAUGUGUUCUGUUACCACCUUUAGGGGUGCCAGCAAGACCCCCUUCGAAUGGGGUCUACAGAGAAACCUUUGAUAUUCAAAGGCUAACAUCUUGAACCCACUAACAGGCUGAAUUUAAAAUACCAUGGCUGGAGUUGAAUAUCUAAAGGAAACUGUUUAUCAGAUCAGAGUGCAGUCUCGAACUGGGUUAUAGCUUGUUUUUGUCAUGGCCUGCAUUAUAACUUCUUUCGUUCUGAGUUGCAGGAAAUACUCAAAAUGUUGGCUUCUAAUCCCAAAAUGUUGUCGAGCCUGUUUAUUCUAAUUGAUAGCAUUUAAGGUGUAGAGCAUGAGCUCACUUCACUAUUCUAUCUGUACUGUUCUGUGUCUUAACAGAGGGCCCAUGUUAAUCUGUACACAUGCAUGUGAGUAUUCACCAAGUUGUUGUGGGUUUAUUCUGUUGCCAACUGGAAAAGUCAGGCAGCCAGAGGACAUUUCAGUUUGCUCCAGAGUACAUAUUAAGUCAGUAAGACUUACAUAUAUCUUGCCACGUUGUUAUAUUUUGCAUUCUCUUUGAAUAAGAUUCUGGUGUACAACUCACCUACCUUCCCCUUACGCUUUACGUUUCAGCUGCUAGCCACUACUACAACUUCCUCUCCUCCUCCUUUCUACUCCCCAUUUCCAACCCUAAAAAACCUGUCCCUCUCUCCUUCCCUUCCUCCUUCCUUCCUGAACACUCUACCUCCCAGCCCCUUUUUCUUAAAACCACUUUGCUUCAGCCAAAAAGAAUCAAAAUCAAUAUACAGCUACUUUUUAGAAAGACCAAAUUACGUUGUAUCUUUUCCUCCAGCCCUCUUCUGUAGUUGUUGUGGUGGCAUGCAUCUAAAAAGUGGAUAUACUGUACAGUCAGUUACACUAGUGUUAUCACACCUGAUCACACCCAAUAAAGUUAAAGGCCCAGUACACCCACACAGGUGUUUGAAUUACUCUGGCUGUUAAGACCAGGUCUAGUUGAAAAUGUAAUGAUUUCAAAGCACCAACAAGUAUAAUAACAGGUCACCAAGUCCUCCUAACCACCAACUAUAAAAAGCUACGCUAAAGUCAGAGGUAGCUUGGCUAAUAGCCUCUCCUGCCAUCCUGUGUCCACCAAAGAGCUUCAGAGAAACCCUGUUUUUUACACUAACCACUUGCUCCUUCUUUUCUUUACAGGUUUAAUAACCUUAACUUUGAGUGUCUGAAGGAAAACCCCUAAUUACAAAUGUAGGUUACUAAUUUAAAUGAAAUUAAUUAUUCUUUGCUUCAAUGAACCUGAAGCUGCUACUGGAAGCAUCUUAUAAGCCAGGUAUUCCGUUUCACCAGAGCUUCAAAUCAAGUCACAAGGACUCAGGAGUUGAUCAGUUUCGGACUCCUGUCAAUCUGCUAAAUUAGAGUUGUUGGUGUUGCAGAAUUGAAAAAUGACUGAGACUUGGUCCCCUAACUUAAGGUUAAAUAUGUGUCAAUGUUUUAUAGUUGUACAUAUUGAGAACUUGUGUAGAAGUAACUGAAUUUUGGCAUGGGUCCAAACUGCAAUUUGCUGUCACUUCAUUUUAUUCCAUCUGGCUUUCCAACCAUUAACUGCUGGUUAUCACUAUGUACCAAUAAACCUGUGUUGGUUUGUUUUCUAUAGACCGUUUGGAUGACAGUCCCAAUCUCUCAUACUAAAACUGUCUUCAGUUUGCUUGCAUUUAAGUGUCAGUGAAUCAUCGGACAACAAAUGGCAUUGUUCUCACCCGGCCGAACAAAUGGAACUCUACACUUUAUACAUGCUGGGUGCGAACUGGACAUAGAAAUCUGUUCAUCUCUUCUGACAAGUGGCUGCUGUUAAAUUAAAUAUUCCUGGCAACUCAGAUGAAGAAAAAAAUAAAUUGUGUGUAUGUACGUGUGUCUGUGUGGAGUCACUAUGGUUACAAAAAUCUACUCAGCAGUUCUGAUCAUUGGUGGAGAUGAGAUCCUGUACCCGACCUUGUAUUCAUGUGAAGUAAAUGUUUUUAUGUCAAUAGCGAUUUCUGUGAACCAACAAAUAAAAAGAAAUGUCUCAUACAA